UCAGAUCCUUCUCUGCUUCCGCCAGGCCUAGAAUCCAUGCAAACACUAGAUUUUCAAGUUUAUAGUUCCACCAAAUUAGCCAUGGAUCGAAUCAUGAAGGCUUUGAAGGAUGAGGAUACCAACAUAGUUGGUGUAUAUGGGAUGGCAGGAGUCGGGAAGACAACCUUGAUGAAAGAAGUGGCUAAAAAUUUGAAAGAAGAGUUUUUUGAUGUGGUUGUGAUGGUCACUGUCUCUCAAGACAUGGACUUGAAGAAGAUCCAAGGCAACAUUGCGGAGAACUUGGGCUUGCCACUUACAGAAGAGUCCCUGAAUGUGAGAGCAAGACGUUUAUCUAAUAGAUUGAAGAAGGAAAAGCGAAUCCUCAUAGUCUUAGAUGAUUUGUGGAAGCCACUAAAUUUAUUAGAUGACUUGGGAAUUCUAUGUGGAAAAAACUGCAAAGUGGUUCUCACAACAAGACAACUCGAUGUGUGUAAUCAAAUGAAGACGAAAUCUGAAGUUAAAGUAAAGGUUCUAUCAGAAGGGGAUGCAUGGGAUCUAUUCAAAUGGGCUGCUGGAAUAGAAGAUGAUGAUAUGCUGCAUUCGGUGGCAAAGCAAAUUGUUGGAGAAUGUGGGGGUUUGCCCUUAGCAAUCCUUGCAAUUGGAAGGGCAUUGAGAGGUAAGGACAUAUCUGUGUGGGAAGAUGAGGCUAGCCAACUCAAGAAGUCAAGCUCACUAUUAGAUAUCAAAGGUAUGCCGCAUGAAAAGGUUUUCUGCUCCAUAAAAUUGAGUUAUGACGCUCUUGCCAACGAUGCUACCAAAUCUUGCUUCUUGCUUUGUUGUAUGUUUCCUGAAGACUUCAGUAUUUCUGAGGAUGAUUUACUUCCUUACGUGGUGGGAGAGGGCAUGGUUGAAGACAUUGACAACCUUUUUGAUGCAAGGAAUAGGUUGCACUCGUGGAUGGAGAUACUUAAGGGAUCAUGCUUAUUAUUAGAUGAUGGUGGAAGGAAGGGAUGUGUAAGGAUGCAUGAUGUGAUUCGAGAUGUGGCCAUAUGGAUUGCAUCAAAAGAAGGUCAUGAUUUUGUUGUAAGAUCUGGUAGAGGAUUGACACAUUGGCCAAAUAAGGAAAAGCUAACGAAUUGCAAGCGACUUUCACUAAUGCAAAAUGAAAUUACUAAGCUUCCCAAUCAGCAGCUCCAAUGCUUUCAGCUUAUGACCUUAUCCUUAAAAGACAACAGGGCUUUGACAGAAAUCCCAGAUGGGUUUUUUCUAGGGAUGAUUUCAUUGAAGACACUAGACCUGGAGAAAACAAAUCUGUCUCACAUACCGUCUUCAUUGUCAUGCUUAACCGACCUUCGGGUGCUGCGAAUUAGUUCGAGUUCAUGUCAACCUUUCGAUGUGUCAUUGCUUGGGAAGUUGAAGAAACUUGAAAUACUGCACCUACCAAAUUCCAAUGUAUUGACUUUGCCAGGAGAAAUUGAAGAGUUUACAAAUCUGAAGUCGUUGAAUUUGGCAGGAAAUCCAGGCUUGACUAUUGUCCCAAAUGCUCUAUCGAGGCUGCAUCUGCAAGAACUCGAUCUUCUGGGUAGCUUUCAUGAGUGGGAGAUCGAAGGAGGAUCAGAAGAUGGCAGAAGAAGUAAGGCGUGCUUAUCUGAGGUUGCAUCUUUAUCUCAUUUGUCUAAACUAAAUAUAAAGGUGUCGAAUAUCAAAUGCUCAUCUGCAAAUAUCCCAUUUCACUGGGAAAAGUUGAAAUGCUUCUCAGUAACUUUGGGAGACGAUUGGCCUAUGGACAGUUCUGUCUAUGAGUUCAACAAUGUGGUGCUCAUUUCUGGAUCCAUCCAACCUCCUCCACUUUCCAAUUGGAUGGUCUUUUUGUUGGAACGAGCAGAAGGUCUACAGCUCAAACAGUGUGAUGGUCUGAAGUACAUUGUAAGCCUUAGUGGUGCACAGGGUUUGAAUAAAUUGCGGAUUCUCCAUGUUUACCUUUGUGGUGAUGUUGAAUUUCUUUUGAGUACUGCUGUCGAGGCAGAAGAUCUAGAGGUUCCAAGAAUUGCAUUUAAGAGUUUGGAAAAGCUAUACUUGAAGUCCCUACCCAAAUUGACAGCAAUAUGCUAUGGACAUCUUCCAAGUGGAUGCUUCAACAAACUAAGAUUCAUAUAUGUUCAAAAUUGUUUCAGUCUAAUUUGUGUCAUACCCUCUGAUUUGCUGCCAAACUUGCCAAAUUUAGAAGUACUCCAGGUACUGAAUUGUAGUAGGGCGACUGAGGUAUUCAACUACUCCAAGAGACUACAAGCGGUGCAGUCUACUUUGACGGAACUAAAACGAUUGGAUCUUCGACUUCUUAAAAAUUAA